AUGUCAGAGCGUAAAGCAGUAAUCAAGAACGCAGACAUGCACGAGGAUAUGCAACAAGAUGCUGUGGAUUGUGCUAGUCAAGCGCUGGAGAAGUACAAUAUUGAAAAAGACAUUGCCGCUUUCAUCAAGAAGGAGUUUGACAAGAAGUACAACCCGACGUGGCACUGCAUUGUUGGGCGCAACUUUGGGUCAUACGUGACGCACGAGACAAAGCACUUCAUCUACUUUUACCUGGGUCAGGUAGCUAUUCUACUCUUUAAAUCUGGUUAA